AUGGCUGCAAAGACUUUCGCCCCAGAUGCUGGUGUUAUGUGCUCCCAGUUCAUCACCUUUGGUGUCGCUACCAUUUUGAUCAUCUGUCGUCUCUUCUCUCGAAAGAUUACACACGUGAACUUGUGGUGGGAUGAUUACUUUGCCAUGACUUCAUGGGUUGCUGCCGCUUUAUACUUUAGCUUUGCUAUUUAUUGGGCUGUUGCCAUGGGCCUCGGACACAUCAAGGAGGAAUUACCCCUGGAAGAGGAUAGGGUCGAAGAAUACGCUCGGUUCGGUCUUUUCAUGGCCGAGCUCCUCUACGCAACAUCACUCGGAUUCUCCAAACUGGCCAUCCUUGGCUUCUACUGGCGUCUGUUUGGAAGUGUCGCCAAGAUGAGAAUUGGAAUCUAUAUCCUCCAGGGCAGCACCGUCAUCUGGCUCACCAUCCGUACCUUUAUGACCAUCUUUCACUGUGUUCCGGUGGAAGCGUACUGGAAGCACACCAUCAAGAACGCUGUUUGUAAAGUUGAUCCUGCCAAAUUCAUGUUUGGCACGACUCUGGUUCAUCUCAUGCUCGAAGUUGCUGUUCUUUCGUUGCCUGUUUUCCAAGUCAAGAGUCUCAAACUUCGCACGGGCCAAAAGAUUGCCGUCGUUGCCAUGUUUAUGUUUGGUAUUUUUGUCUGCGUCGCGUCAAUUAUCGUUCUGUAUGAAGCAUUCACCCUCAACCCCAAUACAACUGAGAUGGCAAGAGAUAUUCGAGGUGUCAUCGUCUGGGCUGGCGUAGAGUCUUACUUGGCCAUCAUCUCUUCCUGCCUUCCCAUCAUUAGACCCGUCUUCCGCAAGCUUCUUUCCGGCUCCAUCCUCAGCUCUAAAGGUGACUCAACACCCAAUCCUAUCAGCGGCUUGACCAGCAGCAAGGGCAUCAAGCUCACCCACAUCAACCGCACAAAAGAAGUCGACGACAACAGUUCACAGCGAGAACUGGCUGGACUCGAAGAUGGGUCAUCUGGCGACAUGGACUUUCACACCUACCCUGAGCGCGGUGGUCAGAGCAACACAGUCGUCACCAGCUGUGCGGAUGAUCGACCGGGUAGCAAUCCUACCAACGCAUCAGGAUACGGCAUCCAAGUCAAGAAUGAGACUAGGGUGUAUUAUGAGUCUUCUUGGAAGGAUAGAGAAGCCAAGAAGGAUGUGGAAGCUGCCGCUGGUUCCGGGUCCUACGUCGUAGCCGACGGGGUACGAUAUUAG